UAUGAAACAAAACCAAACAAACAUCGCCCUGAGUCCCGACUCUUGACCCGACCCGGCUAAUUGAUUGAAGACGAGCUGGAGGGGACCCGGUGGCCGCAAAAUCAGCCUAGUUGAGGAUGAUGUGGGCAGUGCGCACAUCGGCCAUGGCUGCCGGUGGCUUGGCCUCACAAGCUUUCCUACGGAGUACACUACUUUCACGCGAAUCUCUUCGUUCCGUUCAUUUCCAUAACAAGCUCAGUAGCUUCAGAGCCUUCCCUCUCGCCCCUCUUUUCACUUCCUCAGUAGUUGAUGCUCUUGCAACACAGCUUUGGGUAUUUGCACCUCAGCACAUGCUUUGAAGGGUGAAUUUGAUGUUUUCCUCAAAGGAGUGGGAGACAAGGAUACAAUUGAAGAUGUCAAGAGAAUUCUUGAAAUGGCAAAUCGGGCAUCAUUAAGGCGGGAAAUUUUACAUACUGAUUUUCUCACCCCACCUGUGUUAAAAGAGGCAAUGCUAGCAUUAGCGAAGUUCUCUGACAUCAAAAUGGUUGCGCUGGGAGGAUAUCCAGAGGCUGAGCGCUGCCGCCUCACAGUUGGACAUCCAGAGAUAUUGACAUCUGAUCCGGACAUUGUUGCAGCAAUGAGUAUCUCAGGGAACUUUGGGUUUGAACCCUGUUCCCAUGGUGACUUCUUGGGGGCAAUCCUUGGAACUGGAAUUGUGAGGGAUAAGCUGGGGGACAUUAUAUUGCAGGGAGAAAAGGGGGCUCAUAUUCUUGUUGUUCCGGAACUUGUAGACUUUCUUGCUUCAUCACUGGACAAGGUUAGAAAUGUAUCUGUCACAUGUAAAAGGAUGCCAUUGCUUGCUCUUGAAUACCAGCCGCCAAGGACUAAGUCUUUGAAAACGGUUGAAGCAUCACUGAGACUAGAUGCCAUAGCUAGUGCUGGUUUCAAAAUUUCACGAUCCAAAAUGGCUAAUUUGAUCAGCGAUGGAGAUGUGCGCGUCAACUGGGCCACUGUGACGAAAAACAAUACAACCGUCAAGACAGGGGACAUCGUCUCCAUUAGUGGUAAAGGAAGACUAAAGAUUGGAGAAAUAAACUCAACUCGGAAGGGGAAGUUUGCAGUCGAGCUCCUACGUUAUUUGUGAGUGAAAUUCUACUUGGACCUCAAGAAGACGACGAUCUUUCCUCUAGCCCCCCAAAGAUGAAUUUCGUCUCUGUGUACACCAGGAUACAGAUGCAUUCACUAACCUGUUGCUGUAUUCUGAACGUAGAUGGAAGCUUAGAAAGCUCUUUGGUAUAAAUCAUCUGGUCUCUACACAUUUUCAUUUCCUUUUUGUUUUUGAUCUCAGAUACCUUUCCUACAAAGUUCCAAGAGGUGAUGCUAAUUCAAUCAAAAUUGAUCAUAACUUUCAUAUUA